UGACUACUGGUGCAGGCGGCGACCACCACGGCCUCUCCCUGUAGUGUUGUAGCGGCCUCCUGUCUCUCCUCACACCUGUCUUAAGACUGUAGACAGUCGCCAGUGUGAGUAACUGGUCGGUGGAGGGUGUUAAAGCUGUUGUGUGUGUCGGGUGGAUGAGAACAGGCAGCAGAAAGCAAGAAUAGAUUGGUCAUCAUCACUGCAACAUUUAAAUUCUUGCCACAUGGAUCAGCCACCAAAGUACAAGCCGGAUCUUUAUCCAAACAUUGGGGCUCCAUCAGCACCACCAGCAGAUCCUUGUAAUCUGCAAACUACUGAUGAAAAGAGGCCUUUAAAUUCAUUUGAAGACUAUAAUCACCCACAAGAAGCUGGGUUAUACAAUCCACCAUAUCCUGAACCUCCACCACCAUACUCACCUCCAGGUGGUGGAUAUAAUCAGCCACCCACUGCUGGCUCGUAUGCUCAGCCACCUGCCUCGUAUGCUCAGCCACCUGCCUCGUAUCCUCAGCCACCUGCCUCGUAUGCUCAGCCUCCUCCAGCUUCAGUAAUCCACACUCAACAGCCUGGAGUUGUUAUAGCUACUCAGCAAGCUCCCCCUGCGACUGCAGCGUGUAUCCAACCAACACAAGUUGUUGUGGUAGGAGGUCUAACCCCAGGCACUUGUAGUGUGUGUAGGAGAGGAAAAAUAAAGAAGAGUCCAUCUUGUUGUACAUGGAUCUGUUGCAUAUUGCUACUUCCCUGUUUUAUCAUCCCUGGCAUCAUUGCUUAUUUUUGCUGCUGUCAGAAACCCAAGUGUACCCACUGUGGCUACUCUCCGUAAUGCACCCAUCUACUGUGGCUACUCUCCGUAAUGCACCCAUCUACUGUGGCUACUCUCCGUAUUGAACCUACCCAUUGUGGCUGCUCUACAUAUUAAACCCCAUCCACUGUGGUUUCUCUCCGUAAUGCACUCGCCUACUUUGGGUGCUGUGUAUAGCAUACCUUUUAUUGUCUUUUUGUCAAGGAAACAGCACUUUUAAAAAUGUCUCAUUUGGUCUUUUUUUUUCUUAAAUCGUUAGUUUCAUUAAUUUUGACAGAUUAAAGUCCUCCUUGGCAUUUGCUACUAUAGUAUUACAGUUAUUACCAAAUAAGAAAUUUAUUGCAUUUAAUAGUCGGUGUAUAUAAUAUACUUAGUACAAUGUACCUAUACACACACACAUUCAUAUAUACAGGUAUAUACAGUGUAUAAAUGGGUAAAGCAUUCCGUGCAUAUUCUUACUUGAGAUGUUCAGUGAGCAAGAUAAUGAUGUAAAAUAGUUGUGCAAAGUUGACAUUUUGAUCGUGGAAUAUGUAUUGCCCAGAUGAGUGUGAAUAUUUUUUAUAAAUAUUUUAAAUAUUUUUAACUUGCAAAGACAUUUGAAACAACUGAGUGAUUCUGUGCACAGCCAGUGCCUCUGGGAAGUGAAGCUCUGAAGUGCAACAAUAUUAAAGAUAUGAAUAGAUAAUAAGGAAGAGCAUAAAGUGUUACUUUGUGCCUGAAGAUUGAUUUAUCGGUACGUUCCAAUUAUGUAGUUGGGGUAGUGUGCGACACGAGUGUUUCAUCCUCAUAUGUUCUUGAGUGAAUGGGUAAGGGUUUGAAAUACUAUUUCAAAAUAUUGAUGUAUAUUAAAAUUUAUUUUAAUAAAAUAAAUAUAUAUAAUUAAAGCCAUCAGGUUUUAAAUUAGACACUGUAUUGUGAUUAAUAGAAGUUAGUCAGCCUGUCGAAGCCUAGGACACAAGUGUGCACAUCCUGCACAGUGUAAGGUACGGAAAGAAUGUUUUACUGCAUUUAAUCUUGGAUCUACAUUUGUAUUUUUUCUUUGUAUUGCAAAAAAAUUUUCACUUGUGGCAGUUAUUCCGAACACACACAUUCUAGUGUAAGACAAGAUAUAGAAAUUUAUUGAAAUUUGACUGUGAUAUCUGCAUUUUUUAUUGUAAUUGUACUCAUACUCCUGGUGACUAAUUAGUACAGUUGAGCACAAGAAAAUGCAUUCCAUUUAUUUAUGUAGGACUCAAGUGAUUCUUAUUACAUUACUUUUUAUACAUUGAAGUGCAAUGUUGAUGAAGCAUGGUACCUAAUUAGACAGUGUGUCGUUAGUGUAACUUUAAAAAAAAAAAUUUUUAUAACUUAUAAGUAGAUGAAGUUGUUUCAUUCAAUAUUGACAGUCAUUUUGAGAUUUAUUUGGUGUUGGAUAAUUAAUUUUUUAAAAUAAAAAAUGUUGCAUGAUAUAUAUUUUGUAUUAAUAACUUGUAUACUGUAUGUUUAAAUAAAAAUAGAAAGCA